AUUCUGACUCAGACACUCAGUGACGGUUCAAAGCCACAGUUCUGCUACAUGACUAUAAUUAAUCCUCCAAAACAACACCUGGAGUCCCACAGGGACCACACUCGUCUCCUGAUUGACAGCUCUAUUUUUACCACUAUCAGCAGGAAGUUGUGUCUGUGUUUGUUUAGGGAAAAGGGGGGAGUUUACCUUCAUACACUCAGUCCAGUCUUUCUGACUCGGAUCUGGACCAGAACUGAUGUCAGUCAGCUAGAAUCUGACCAGAAUGAGGAUGAAGAGAAGAGACUGCAUUAAAAGAAAAAAAAGAGAAAGUUAUGAUAUUUAUUUGUAACUUUUUAUUUUAACUGAAGAACAGUUUUCUUCCAGGGUCCUGAAGUUAAUUUUACAUUUUAGUUCAUUUGGGAUACAGCAAAAUAAAUAAAUAAAUAAAAUAAAUAAUAAAAACAGACAAAAAUGAAUAAAAACGUAAAGUAUUAAAUUUAUAUAAUUCAAAAAUUGUUACUCAUAGACUGCCAAAAAGAAGGUUAAAAAGUUGGAAAAUAAAGUGAAAAAUACAGAUUUGAAACAUAAAUUAUCAUUUGAAGUGGGGUAUUAUUAUCAGAGCAUAUUUAGUAUUUUUAUAUUAUUUAAUUAUUACUAUAGUUUGCCCGAAAGGGGAUAAAAAUCUUCACUUCGCUUAAAAAAAAAAAAAAGACUGCGCAUGCUCGCCACUCCACGGAGGUGUGGCUUUCGUGACGCAACCGGAAAAGAUUUCCACGUGUGUCCGUGUUUGUGGUCCUUCACACCGUGCUGGGACAGGAGCAGCUGUUGGAGCAUGUCACCUGCAGACGAGCAGCUGUCUCUGAACCUCUGCACUGAUGUGUCUUCACCAGCUCCUUCCAGCAGGAGGAAAUACCUGACCGCUCAGCAGAGAUGGGCAGCAAAAAAAGGCAAGAAGAAGUUCACAUCCUCGGAGGAUCAGACCAGGUUCUCCUUCAACCAGAGGAAGCAGGAGCUCCUGUCCACAGAGGAGGAGGCAGCUACACCUCCUGCAGACUGUCAGAGGAAACAGAAAGCAGAGAAGAGGAGGUUCAGCUCCGUCAAACACAAUAGUCCAGACUUUGCUCCUGCAGAGGAAGAGGAGGGAGGAGCCGCUCCAUCUGAAGACCUUCAGGCUCCGCCCCUUAAAGUGAGAGAAAGGUCGCCACAAAAGAAGAAGGAAAGGAAAUUGGAAGGGAAGAAGAAAGAGAAGGAUGGAGGAAAGGAAGGAGGGCACGGCUCUUUUAAGACUUCCUCUCUGUUCAAACACAACCCAGACAUCCCGGACAUCCACAGAGCAGCAGUUUGUCAGUUAAAGGAGAAGAUCUUCACCUCAGACUCUUUUUCAGAGCUGGACCUGCAUCCACACCUGGUGGCAACCCUGAACAAAGUGCUGAAUGUUUCCACUCUGACCAGUGUUCAGAAACAGACCAUCCCUGUUCUGCAGUCGGGACGAGACGCUUUGGUUCGGUCUCAAACAGGAUCAGGUAAGACUCUUUCUUACGCUGUCCCGCUGGUUCAGAGUCUGCAGUCCCUCCAGCCCAAAGUCAGCCGCUCCGAUGGUCCUCUGGCUCUGGUCAUCGUUCCCACCAGAGAGCUCGCAGUGCAGACCUUCCAGAUAUUCCAGAAACUUCUGAAGCCGUUUACCUGGAUCGUCCCAGGUGUGUUGAUGGGAGGAGAGAAGAGGAAAGCAGAGAAGGCCAGGAUCCGUAAAGGAAUCAACAUCUUGGUCUCCACUCCUGGACGUCUGGUGGAUCAUAUCAAACACACCCUGAGCAUCGCCUUCAGCGCCGUCCGCUGGCUGGUUCUGGACGAGGCUGACAGGACUUUGGACCUGGGCUUUGAAAAAGACCUCACAGUCAUACUGAACAGCCUGAACUCGACCGGACCGGCCCGACAGAACGUCCUGCUGUCUGCCACGCUGACACUCGGAGUGAGCCGGUUAGCUGAUGUAUGUUUAAAGGACCCCGUCAGCAUCCAAGUUUCCGGACCCCCCUCCUCUGAACGAACUGGCUCCUCCCAUGUGACCUCUGACCUUGAACCAGCCAACCCGUCGGAGAGCUUUGCAGUACCGGAGGCUCUGAGGCAGUUUGUGGUGGUGGUUCCCAGUAAGAUCCGGCUGGUGUGCCUGGCUGCGUUCAUUCUGGACAAAUGCAAGGACAACAAAGUCAUCGUUUUCGUCUCCAGCUGCGAGGCCGUGGAGUUCCUUCACUCUGUGUUCACCUCUGUUCUCACCCGUCCGUCAGCCCAUCCCCAUCUCAGUUUUCAGCGUCUCCACGGCAACAUGAAGCAGGAGGAGCGUUCAGAGGUCUUCCAGCUGUUCUCAACGUCUCAGUCUGGAGUUCUGCUGUGCACGGACGUGGCCGCGAGAGGUCUGGACCUGCCUCUGGUCACCUGGAUAGUUCAGUACACUCCUCCAACGUCUGCCGCCGAGUAUGUUCACCGCGUCGGCCGCACGGCUCGGAUAGGAGGAAGAGGGAGCAGCCUCCUCUUCCUCACUCCUGCUGAGACGGCCUUCAUCAGUGAGCUGGCCAAUCACAACAUCAGCCUAUCGGAGAUGAAACUGCAGGAAAUUCUUUCCUGUCUGAUGCUGGAUGAUACCUACAGGGGGCGGGGCAAAUACCACAGCAAGAGUUCAUCCAAAGCUCUGGAGCAGGAGGUCCGUGAACGUGCCACCGUCCUCCAGACUGAGUUUGAGAACUGUGUCCACGCUGAUGCUCAGUCUCUGCAGGCGGCUAAGAAAGCGCUGCAGUCAUACCUGCGGGCCUACACCACCUACCCCGCUCACCUGAAGCACAUCUUUCACAUCCGCUUCCUCCACCUGGGACACGCCGCCAAGAGUUUCGGUCUCAGAGACGCUCCGGGGGGGCUGAGCUCCGCCCUGGGAACCAAAGGACAGAACAAAAAGAAGGAUCUGGCGAGGAAACAGGGGAAGAGUCCGGUCACAAACCGAGUCCAGAAGCAGAUCGCAGGAAAGAAAAGGUUUUUUUCUGGCCAGAGGGAAGCAGGGAUGCUGCGCUCCGAGUUUUCAAACGGACUCGAGGGAGCAGACUCCUCAAAGAAGAGGAAGAAGAAGAAGAAGAAGGAGGAGUUGAGCGGGUCUCAGGAAGAGGAGUGAGGAGCAGAGGACGAAGAGAACGCCAACAUCCAGCUGUUCCAAAAACUGGUCAAAUCAAGGAAAAAUAUGAAAGACUGAAUAUAACAGGUUUAUAAAAAUGUCUCCUGUGUUUGAAGAACGGUCAGCGAAGAAGUUAGUCAAACUUCUGCCUCAGUACGUGGAAAUACUGAAGCAGGAACUGAAAGUUGCUCUACAAAAAAAGCAAACAUUUUCCUUGACUCGUUUUCUAAAAAUGUGAGGCUUUGGGGGCGGAGCUUACAACAAUGGACCUGAUAUUCUGGAAACAUAUUGAAGUAUGGCUCAGUACAUCUGCUGGACCUGCAGCUGAAGGUCAGAGAACAUAAUCAUCUCCAGAAACCUUCCUCUGUCUUUUCAGAGGAAACCAGAACUUUGGAUUCUGGUUCCAGGUUCACUAAUGAUGUCUUUAAUCAUUAGAGGAGACUUUAUGGAACUGUGGACUUUUACGGUUUUAUGUUGUAAAGAUGUUGUACAUAAAAUCAACACAUGUUUUUAAAUAAUUCACUAAGAUGAAAUCUGUAAACCUGCUUCAGACUGACAAUAAAAUCCUAUUUGGUCUUUGA